AUGGCUACUCUGGCCAACGGGCUAGCGCAGCAACAACCUCCCCCCGGGCCCCCGCCCCCGCCGCCGCCGCCUCCUCCUCCGCCUCCGCCGCCGCAGGCGGAGAGCACUGCCUUCAGCACCACGAACAGCUCCGGGAGGAUGAACGGGCUGACGACGCCGACGCACGGCCCGGGCGGCACCAUCGCCAUGAAGGACCACGAUGCCAUCAAGCUCUUCAUCGGGCAGAUCCCGCGCAACCUGGAGGAGAGCGACCUCAAGCCGCUCUUCGAGGAGUUCGGCAAGAUCUACGAGCUCACCGUGCUCAAGGACCGCUUCACCGGCAUGCACAAAGGUAGGGAGCCCCGCCGCGCGCCGCCCUCCUCCUGCCGCGCGCCGGGUGGAUCCCUUUCUCCUCCUCCCGAUGCCGAUGCCGCCUCGGCUACUCCCACCACGCCUGCACCCCCCCCCCCCGCUUCCCGGCCAGGCGAAAGGGCCAACAAAGGGAUGGAGAGGAGAUGCUGGCCGCCGCCGAACGCCGCGUUGUGUGUGUGAGGCUGAGGGCGGGUGGGGGGCGCACAGAGAGGAGUAAGUGGACGAAGCGUGCCCCUCUGGGCAGAUUCGCUCGAGAACCAGUUCCACAAAGCUCGGUAGGACUUGCUUCCAUGUGUAAGAGUGGAUAUGGGAUUUGCAGAGUGUGUGUGUUUGGGGGGGGGAUCCGUAAACAAGGAGGGAAUUACACAUCCUCUAAGAGAGGGAGAAGCGUACCUCCCCUUCUCCAGUGCCGUCUCCCCCCUCUCUGAACAUGCACACACACACGUAAUGUGUAUAAAGUUGGGUCACGUGUAAUGACUGGAUGAGAGAGAGAGAUCAGUGGAAGGAUGUGCACGCAUGUGCAGGAGGAAAAGGAAGACAAACACAGACACUCCCUCCCCCCCCCUCGAAAAAAGAUCAUAUUUUGCAUCAGGAGGAGAUUAGGACUUCUGGCAAUGGCCCCUCUCUCUGCUACUUUGUUCUUCUUAUUUUAAGUUAUUGUGGCUACAGUCCUAAGUGUCCCUUCCUGGGAGCAAGCCCAUUUGAGCGCAGGCGGGGUGGGGUGGGGGGCUUUUCCCCCUGACUUAGCAUGCAUCGGAUCACACAGCAUGUGAAAAGUUGGGCUGGGUGGGGAAAAAAGUAAGUGUGCAUGUGCGUGUCUGCAUGCAGGAGAGUGUAAGGCAGAGAGAUGUGUGUCACAGUGUGAGAGAGUAAGUGUGGGAGGUGGAGACAGUGGAGGGAGAUUUGUAAACAGAGACAGGAAACAGACAUCUUCUGAGUGGUGCUAUGGUGGGGGGAGGAUAUGGCUGAAGGAGGCCCCAGCUCCCUGCAAACCUAUGUUACAUACAAGAGAAGGGGGCCGAGGAAAGCUGUAUAUACGUGAAGGGGCUUCUAUGCCAUCGGAGAGGCAGAUGGUACAUAAGCACUCAUUAGACGGGGUGGGGAACUGGUGGUUCUCCAGAUGUUGCUGGACUCCAACUCCCAGCACUCCCAUCCAGCUUGGGCAAUGGUCAGAGAUUAUUAUUAUUUAUUGAAUUUAUAUAUGAUGGGAGUCCAAUAACAUCUGGAGGGCCACAGGUUUCCCCACCCCUGGAUUAGGAAAUAGGUCUCAGCCUUGGCUGGAUCUAGAGGAGUUAGCAUACCUAUAAAGGAGCUCCCUGUUUCCUUAACCCUUUGCUGAGUUAGUUGGUGUGCAAAGUUGAACUGGAUGAAAAGUGUGUGUAGGUAUGUGAGUAACAAUGGGGUGACAGUGCCAGUGUUGCCAGUAACAAGGAAUAUUAUAGUGCUGGCACCUUGAUAAUGAAUUUUACCAGUUGCUGGUAGCUGGACAGUUGAGCCAAAGAUCUGUGGUGUAGUGGUAGACUCUGUCUGGAGAAUCCAUCUUGGCUCACAGAAUCAUAGCUGUCAACGUUUUCCUUUUUUUAAGGGAAAUUCCCUUAUUCCGAAUAGGAUUCCUCGCAAGAAAAGGGAAAAGUUGACAGCUAUGCACAGAAUCAGUGUCUGUAUCGUGAAUCUUUAACCCAACUGCCUAGUUACCUGAAACAUGCAGAAUUAACAUCAAGAUCCUGGCCUUAUAAUAUUCAUUGUUACUGGCAACAUAACUGACAACCUCAUAUAACCUUCACAGAUAUGCAUUUUAUUAGGCAAGACAUGUUAUUCAAUGUUACUCCAACUCAGAGUAGACCCAUUGAACUUAAUGGACACAGGCAACUUAGGUGCAUUAAUUUCAAUGGUCUACUCUGAGUAGGGCUUAAUUAAAUACAACCCAAGAGGUGUUUUGUGCUAUUGUAUUUCAUACCCCAUACUGAUAUGCCUGGCCCAAGGAGUACAAUUCUUUGUGGCUUCAAAGUUAGAAAACGAUCAAGAUGGUAAAAAGUGCUCAUAAAACAUCACGUGUGCUAACAUAAAUCAUAAAAUUAUUAUAGGCUCAGUAUCUUGAUGUUAAUUUAACUUUAAGGAUAGAAGUUGAUAGCCAUGCAAAUAGAGGAAAUGCUAUGUAUGUCCACACAAAUAUAUGUGUGUAUAAACACACACAUUACACACACACACACACCUGUUGGUGAGUUCUAGUAACAGUUGCACAUAUGGGGCAGGCAAGAAAUGAAUGAGUGAAUUUGCAGAGGAAGCAAGUUUGCAUCUGGAUAAAUGCUUCCACUUCACAUUUUUUUCAUAUGGUAGGUUGUUCUACACUAUGCUUAGCCAACUUUUUAGAACCUAAUAGUUGAAGGCUCUCUCUUGUCCUUUAAGUACUGAGAUAAAACACUGUGUCAUGUGUAUGCCUAACAUUUCUUUUGAUAUUAUUCCCCGAGGCUGCAUGCAAUUAAAUCUGACAUCCCAUACGCAUUUACCUGUGAGUAAGCCCCAUUAAGUGGCACUUAACUUCUGAGUAAGCAUGCAUAGGACUUACUCCCAAUAAUUGUGCAUUGGAUUUUACUCUAAAGUGGUGACACCCCACAUAUCUAAGGCACACCGACUGAAUUCAUUGCCUUCAAGUAGUUAUAUUUAGGGCUAUUGGUUCCCUGUGAAAUACAGUUUCCAGCUCUUCAGGUCGGUUGCCUUCUGGUGAGUGGCAUCUGGUGGUAUAUUAAUUGUUAAGUUUCAAUGCAGGCUAGAGUUGGGAUUUUAGAUCACAUCUUGUACCAGGGCAUACCAUUCUCUUAACAACAAAACAACACACACAAAAACCUCCCUGCUUUUGCAACUUUCCCCAGGCUGCCUAUUUUGAAAUGUGUCCUUUCUGAAUGGAAAGCAACAGCCCGGUAAUGGAUCGUUUUUUCUGUGCUGCAGAAAAAGGAGAAUGCAAUAUGUAGUCCACAGGAAGAUUAUAUCUUAGUUUCUAACAUUUCCUAGGUAGAUUCUUGGAAAUGACCUUUAAAAACUGCAGGCCUUCAGUUCAAAUGUAUAGACAAGAUGAUGGAAGCAGGCAGGGAUGUAGGUUAGGGCAAUGAAAGACUGAAAUAAUAUUAACAUUUGGAGAGAGCUUUUCGCUCACCCCUCUCACCCCGCCCCAAAGCAAGCAACCCAGUAGUCAGGCCAGUUUAUCUCUGCUGCUUAACAGCAAUGGAACAGGAGGGUCUUUGUCAUCACAAUAAAUAAAUACGACUAUAACAUUUCAAAUAUCAGACCUUGAGAUUGAUGGAGGAAGCUGGGUUGGAUGCGAGAGUUUCUAGGAAGCGACAUGAAAUUUGACUUAAAUAUGAUGGGAAGUCACUUGUGAAAAUUGUCAGGUGCACCAAUAUUCUUUAUGCAUUAGCAUGUUGAAAAGUCUCCAACGCUUCUUGCAUUGCUGCUUAACUCUUCCGACACUCUCUAAUCCAGCACCCUAUGGAAGGAUAGCAGUUGUGUAUCCUCUCCCAGUUCCAUUUAUACCUUUACUGAAGUCUAUACUUCAAACUGCUUGAAUUAUUUUCUUUUUUAACCUCCUCAGCCCUGCUCUACAUAUUCGAAACUGUGCAGGCCAGAAAGAAAAUUAAAACUCCCCUCUCCUUUUAAAUACAUAGACUGAUCAACACAAUUAAAUGCCACCCUUCAUCUAAUUAAGGUCCUCAUUAAUUUUGCUCCUCUGUCCAAAUAUGCGUCUUCUGUGACUCUUUUGUUCACAAAGGCAAGUCAGUGGAAUGGAAGUUUGAGGAUUGUUUUGAAUGAAGCACGGCUGCUGCAGCCAGGAGCAACUGUCUGCCUGCUGAUGGGUCAGUCUGCAUUCUCCUGGCUACGAGGCUGGCUUCCUCUCGCUCGUGAAUUGCUUCUAUUUGAAGGCGAGAUGGUUGCACUUAUUAAGAGUUAUUAAUACUUAAUCAUCUGGCAGAUUUAAUUGUGCCAAUAUUAAAAAUGCAUCAAUGUCAAAUUUUGUUCAUUAAAUAUUUACAUUUUUGAAGGGAAACUGUUUUGCUGCUGUUUUAAUAUCGUUUUAGGAAGAUUUAUAUAGGAUCUAUUAUUUAAAAAACAAAACAAAGAAAAAACACCUAAUAAUGUUGAUCGUAUGCUGCAAACCGAGUGGAACUGUUGUUGCUCCUGUGUUACAAAAAGGCUAGCAAAGUACCCAUGCUUGGAUUUAUUUCCAUCAGCAAGAGGGGCAGCUAGAGUUUCUGCCUGGGCUGCUACAUUUCCACAGCAGCUUUGCAAAGCCGUGCCAUGAAUAGUACAGGCAAGAAAGCAAAACAAAAUCUGUGCAAACCUUAUAUUCGUGGCAAUGCGGACUUGCAAACCUUUAAUCGAGCUCCUCCUGGGAGUAAGAGCUCAUGAGGGUGAGUCAGUGUUGAGCAGUCUUCCCCCUCCAAGCCUUUUGAUUCACAGCCUGCAGUGUGUGCUAAGGAGGGAGAGCAUUUAGGAGUGUAACACACACACACACACACACACACACACCUCAGCAGUCCCAUGAAAAUUCCACAGAACUACUCACAGCGUAAGGUGCUAGUAGACACCUCUGAUUCAACUGAGGAGAGAUUAGGACAAAUGAUCGUUCCAUGCUGGCUGUGGAUGGAAGAGAAAUUUGAUUCAGUUUGCAUUUAAUUCACACUUUUCUGAAACAAUAUGUAAGCUGAAACACAGCCAUCCCUUGAAACUCACGCGUCUAAUUUUGCAGUGCAGUUUUCCACCUAAGUAACAUGUACAAAAAUAAAUUUACUAGUGUAAAACAUGCAUAUUAAUGCAUAUUUUAGUGAAAAUAACAUACAAAAAAAUGCAUGGCAUUAGGUAAAAUUGCUUUGCAAAAUGUUAGGCAAAAUUGCAUGUGCAUUAGCGUACCAAAAUGCUAAUGAUUUUUCAUGAGAAGCUUUUCUAAAAAAGAUUUAUUUUUUUUAAAUCACAAACUGGUGGGGAAAUGUGGAGAACUGAAGAUUGUAAAAAUGAGAAGCUGAGAGCAACAAAAAAAUUCCACAUUUGUCCAUCUCAAGUGCUAGCUCCAUGUUUUUGUUUUGUUUUGAGGGCUGGGGAACCAUCCUGCAAGAUGCUUCCAACUGGCCCCAUCCAUCUUCUCCUCUCUCAUCACCCACUUGUUCUCCCUCUGCCUCUGGGCCCAGUUCCUACCACUGCCUUAAGGGAAAGGAAAGUGAAUUCGCAGGCAGCGGCUGAUGCUGUUCCCAGCCCCCUUUGCUGCCAAAGGCCAGAGGCUGGUUUGCAAGCCAGACUCCAGCACUGGCAGGAAAAGCAGCGGCAAAGCCUUGAAAGGGGACCCUGGGGGGGGGCGGUCAUCUGGGGGCCCAUGCCCUGUCUGGCCUAUUGAAGUAAAGAGUGUGUUAGUUCAUUUCCAUAUGCAUUUCUAGAAUUUCUCCUUAUAUUACUUGAUAAAUUUGCCUGUACAUAUUUAGGCGCAUGCAACACUUAAAAAAGAAAGUUAUCUUGCCAUCAUGCAGAUUGGGGGUGUGUGACCUACAUUGCUGGGCCCAAGACGUUUCACUGCUGGGAGCAGAACCCAGAAGGUGGCUUGUUAGAGACAUCACUUUAUAAAGUCUUGCAGGACCAUUCAGACACCAAUUCCCUCUUUCAUCAGUUGCUGUCCACCAGUUGUGGUGUGUGAUGCAGGUUGUUUCAUCAUGCUGUAUGGUGUGGGAUGGGCUCUGGAGAUGUAUAAGGUUAAGAUUUCAUUUUCAAGUCAUUAUUAUUAUUAUUAUUAUUAUUAUUAUUAAUCCUCCCUUCAUCUGUAGAUCUUAGGGCGGUUCACAGCAUACAUAUACAAGAUUAAAGCACAAAAUACAUAGUAAGAACAAGAACAAAACAAUAACCCCCCCAGCCCUCCCACAAACACAUUUUAAAUUAUAUGGGAUGUUAGUCAGCCAAAAGCCUGGUUAAAGGGGAAUAUUUUCCUUCCUCCUUCUGAAUGCUGAACAGUGCAGGGCUUUGGGGACAGAUAUUCCCCAGCAUGUUCCUCUUGACAUGCAAUGUAAGCGGUAUUGCCCAGGUGAGUUCCUCUGUGCGGUCUUUGGCAAAGUAGCUGGCCAACACUGCUUUUCUCCUUGGAGGUCAUAGGAGCCAACUCCUAGGGGCCAAGCUCCCUUCAGCACACUCCCCAUGAAAAAUUCGAGGGGGCCAGCCCCCACAAAGUUGAUGAGCAUUGUCAUUCAAAUGGUGUGCAUGACCAUGUUAGGCUCGGUAAAUUUCAUUGUACACAGGUUGUACAUUGACAAUAAAGGUGGUAUUAUUAUUAUUAUUAAUUGCUUAUACAAUACAAUACAUUUUUAUUUAUACCCCGCCCUUCCCGGUUCAGAAAACCGGGCUCAGGGCAGCUAACAACAAAUUUAAAACACUUAAUUGUGGGACUUAAAAAUGGGACUUGCUUACAUAUUCCCUCUCUUUUAUGCAGGUCAGGGAUUACCAGCCCCCCCCCCCCCAUAUUUAUUCAAGUUGGCAGCCCUGUUGCAGGUCCUUGAUAUUAAAAAGAAAGUUGUGACUUUAACUCCCAAAUAGCAUCAUCACUGCUCAUUUUCGGUGUGUGGGACAAGUAAAAUGUAUUAAAUUUGUUUGAACUGGUUUUAAUAUUUUCACUUCUAAAUGGUUGGAACCUCGUGGUGAAGGAUGGAUGAGUAAACUAAUAAAUAGUGAGUUGUCUCCAACCAACUAAGUUAGUCAGUCCCAUUAAUUUCAGUGGGUCUACUCUGAGUAUGAUUAACACUGGAUGCAAAACAACAACAACAACAACAACAACAACAACAACAACAACAACAACAACAACGUAGAUCAGAGAGUACCGUAGGCAGUGAGUGCUGAACUUGUCCAUUUGAGUAUGUUGGACACCUGUCAACUCCUUUUGCAGUGGGUGAUCAAGGUUGGACUUUGGGAUUUCACUUACGUCUUGUCCCCUAAGGAGUUCUGGGCUAGUUAGGGUGGUCUGUCCUUGAAGGCUGAUGAGCCCAGAUGGCUUCCAGACUGGUUGGGCUAGCUGUCUUAUUACAGGGGCUGCCUGCUGGUUGCGGGAGUGACCAGAGCGGCAAAUGGGAAUUCUUCCUUUGCCCCGUAGGCUAGUCUCCACCUCUCUCUAUCCUUCAUCCAGGCAAUGGUCCAGGAGGCAUUAUCACAGCUCAAGGACACAUUCCAGCCAGGCAUAAACACUCAGGGUGAGGUUCAGUCCAGAUGACAGUAUCCUUUUGGAUCACCUCUGUGGAUUGAUGGUGGUGAACAGGAAUGCGGAGAAGCUUCUCUCACUGAGUGGUGUCAGAAUGGGGGGAUGGGUUCUUGCUUUCCCCCAUGGGAAUUAUUCCACGGGGUUCUGUGCUCGUUCCAUGGCUUUAUGGUGGUUAGAAGUAAUGUUAUGAUUGGCCAUGAAGUGCCCCUCGUAUGCCAAUGAUGCCCAGCUCUAUUUCUCCUUUCCCCCCCUAGCCAGGUGAGGCAACUAGGUCUCUGAAUGACUACUCGAACUGUUCCAGAAAGUGGCAGCUCAUUUGUUGCCUGCAGCUAGCCAUGUGGAACGUAGAGAAUCCCUUCUAAAAGACCUUCACUUGCUCUCAUUUCGUUUCCAGGUUGAAUUCAAAGUGCCAGUGUGGAUCUUUAUAGCCAAAAGCCCAGUAUCAAGGGUGAGACCCUUCAGAUGUUGGACUCCAAAUUCCAUCAGCUCCAGCCAGCAUGGCCAGUGGUCAGGGAUGAUGGAAGUUGACUACUAAUGGCAUCUGGAGGGCACUAUUCCGGCCAUCCUUGCUUUUGGAGGGGGGAAGGGCCAUGGCUCAGUGGUAGAGCACCUGCUUUGCAUGCAGAAGGUCCCAGGUUCAGUCCUAGCAUCUCAAGGCAGGACUGGGAGAGACUCCCUAGAACCCUGGAGAGUGACUGCCAGGGUAGCAAAACUGAGCUAGAUGGACCAGGGGUCUGUAUCAGUAGAAUGCAGCUUCCUGUAUUCUUAUUCCUAUUUCUGUAGGUCCCAUCACAGGGAUGGGGAAGUAGUGGCCCUCCAGAUGUUGUUGAAUUCCAACUCCCAUCAGCCCCAGCCAGCAUGGCCAAUGUCAGGGGCUGGCCGGAUGAAGACGAGUGGUGGGAGCACCCCAGGGAGGACACAGAGGACGGCAACUUAGAUCCUGGAUCGUGGUUGUGGGACACUGAAGAGCAGUUCGGGGAAGGGAAGAGCUGUGAGGUCUUAGAAGCAGGGGGGUUGAGUGAUCAAGGGGAUCAGAGGGCCUUUCAGCACAGGGUUAGAGACUGAGCAUCACAGUGUGAGUGCAAACUCAGACAAAGAGGAGUCAGAGGUUGUCCUGGCUACUCAGCAGCAGGGCAGUCCCAGUCCUGCUGGCUCUCCUUCCCCUCAGACACCCCGCUUGAGGAGAGUUAGGCCCAGAGAAGGAGCUCACCCCCUUGACACAGCCUUCAUCUGCUUGGGAGGGAUCCAUAGUGAGAGGCUAGGGCGGCGAGGGGUGGUUUUGGUCAGUUUCAGCAAUGUCUGAGCUCGCUUAAGUUGAACCAGAGGACUCUACUGUGUUUUUGUUGUUGUUUAGUCGUGUCCGACUCUUCAUGAUCCCAUGGACCAGAGCACGCCAGGCACUUCUGUCUUCACUGUGUUUUUACUUUGUGUUAAUUAAAAGCUUAUUGCGUCCUGGGCCUCCCGUGCUUGACCUGGGCACACUUGGCAGCUCCUUGACAGCCAGUAGCCAGGGAUGAUGGGAACUGUAGUUUAACAGGAUCUGGAGGGUACCAGAUUGGCCAUCCUUGCAUUCCCGGGUUGUCUUAUUACAGCUAGAUAAUGCAUAUGAAUGGCUUUGAACUCUUGAAAGUGUUAUACAAAUGUAAGGUGGUAGUAAUAAUAAUGAUAACUAUUAUUAGCAAAGAUGUGAGGAAAUGUCGCUCUCAAUAGUUACACAGGAAUGCACGCACAUCUUUGAGAGCAUGAGGGAGAGUAUGUACUUUCUUGCAGGGGGUUGGGCCAAAUGGCCAUUGUGGUACCUUCCAACUCUUUAAUUCUAUGCCUAAAUGUGACUGAAAACAUCACUGAGAGAAUUUUUAUUUAAUCAUUGGAUUUCUGCCCCCAACAUUCCAUCAAUUGGUCUUCAGAGGAGUUUAUGGACGAGUAUUCAUAGCUUGAGCAUUAAGUCAGGCCAAAAUCAAAAGGAAGCCACAAGCACUAAGGACACAACAAGUGACAACAAGCUUGACAGCCAGCUAUUAGCAAUAAUCAAGCAAUUCCAUAUUGUAUCCCAUUGAAAGCUCAGGAAAACGGGACAUAUUUCAUGUACAGCUUAAAGAAAAUAGCAGAGUAGGUGCUGCCAAAUGCAUUUGGGGAGGGUCUGCCAUAUUCAAGGUCUCACCACAGAAAAGGCCCUGCCCUCUGUUGGCCACCCACUAUUUCUAGGGCUGAAGGCAAACGACAUAGCACCCUGACUGAUGAUCUCAGCAAAUGGGCAUGUUCACAUGUGAGAAGGUGGUCUUCAGAAUCCAUACGUGCUUGUGUGUUCCAGUUUAAGGAGCAAAAGGGAUGUGCAGGUGACAAAUGCUUCAGCUUCCUGCCAGCAGCUUGCCACCCAAGAUGAUAUUUAGCAAAAACAGAAGAAGCUGCCUUAUACUGAGUUAGACCAUUGGUCCAUCUCGUUUACCAUUGUCUACCUUGACUGACAGUGGCUUUCUAGCAUUUCAGAUAGAAGACCUUCCCCUGGUUUAAGUAAAGAUGCUGGGGAUUGAGCCAGGGACCUUCUGUGUGUAAGGCAGAAGCCCUGCCACUGAGGUACACUGAGGUAUGUGUGUUAUCAUCAGUCAAAUACACAUAAUUCCAGCCAGGCAAAAAGCGCUUGAUGAAAGCGUGGAACCAUCUGCUGAGGUAUGUGGCCUGGGGAGAGUCUAAAGGGCCAGGUAAAGAGGUAUGGGUGGAAGCAUCUGGCCCCAGUCACUGGAGGUCCUCCACCCUUGCUGUAGACCCUCACAUAAUAUGCUCCUCCAACCACAGCAACAAAAGAAAGCUCCCCUAUAGCUGCUGGCAUGGCAGGAUGAAGAUCUGAUGUGCUAAUCUGGAGGGCUUUUGCACUAAUCCCAGUGUGUUUGCCUCUGCCUGCCGAUUCCAAUUAACCAGGCCCUGCUAAUCCAUACGAAUUGCCUUAAAUCAAAUCCCCGCUGGGCUGCGGACUGACCUGCUGCUGGAUUCCGCUCAUCUCUUUGAGGCUAGGCACAGCUUCCCUGGAAAGGGAGUAUCCAGCUGCUUUGCAGAGCAAGGGACAUCGCAGGCGGUAUUCCAGUUGUGCUGUAUAAGCUUUGCCUUUCUCUCUCCACUGCAAAUGAAGGUGUGGACUGGGCAAAGCCGUCCCUUGCUGAGCGUGACUGUACUCGCACAUGACUUUAUGCAAUAACACUUUCCCCUCCCUUCUUCUCUCCAGGCUGUGCCUUUCUUACAUACUGUGCCCGGGAUUCAGCCCUCAAAGCCCAGAGUGCCCUGCAUGAGCAGAAGACAUUGCCUGGGGUAAGUGAUGGUGUUCUUCUCUGGUGCAGGCACGACUCACCUCCUUUGGCUCAGAGUCCUGGGCUAGAAUUCAGCAAGUGUUGCUCAGUGUCCAUUUGUGACAGCAAGAACCCAUUGCAACCGAGGGCAAUCCACACUUACCUUUCCUCUAUGCUUCCCAGAAAUGGUCUGCACUUUAAAGCUCUGUAUCCAAGCAGGGGUGAAGGAAGGCGUCGUGACAUCCAGGGCGGGCAUCGCUAUAUAGAGCGCAUGUGAGGCGUCGCUACGUACGACGCAUGCGCCGUACGUAGUGACGCUGCACAUGCGCUGUAUAGCGGUUUGCCGCCGCCACUGCUCCAGCGCCGUACGGACGGUGCCGGGAUCCCUCCGUUGCUGCUACAGCCACGAGCAGAGGAUCCUCCACAUGCGGUGGUGGUGGCGCGAUGGCUGCUCAUGCCGCUGCGAGCCCCUGCGGGGUGACUUCUUGUCACUCCCGCAGACAUGGAACCUGGGGCUCAACACCCCCAUGCCCACCGUUGCGACGCCACUGUAUCCAAGCACCCCACCCCUUUUUGCUUUUGCUCUGGAGCUUUCCCAGCAGAAACUCACUCUUUAAAUUUGAAUGGCAAUCCACAGGAAGCCCAUUCUGCUGUUUGUUCUGAUUCAGCUUUGAAGAGUGGGUUUUCAUGGGGAAGCUCCUGAAUGGGCGGGUGGGGAAGGGUGCUUGGACAUGAAGCAUUAAAAUGUGGGCCAAUUCCUGGAAAGAGCGGGGCAGAAAGUAAGUGUCAUUAAGCCCCGAGGGAGUCCUGUAGCUUUCAAUAUGGAGGGUGCCACCCUAAGUAUGUUUUGGGCUGGAUGGAUCAGUCCUCUUCUGCUCUGUGUCAGUUCCACACAUGCUCAGCCACGUCUAUUAAACUGCACCCAAACCAACUGUGUUUAAAUGUUUGUACGUACUUUUUGUAAGAUGCAUUUUGCAUGCAUUCCCUCCAAAUGCAUGCAUUUUAUUCAAUGCCUUUCUAUGCAUUUCCCCCUAAAAUAUGCAUUUCCCCUAUAAGAUACUCACAUUUUUGGAACCAAAACAGCAUUCUGAAAUUCAUAGCAGUGCCCAGUGCCACUGUUACCUGCAUUCCGAUCUGCAUAUAAAUCUAAGAGCUGCAAAUAAGGUCAAUUUGCUUUAAAAUGCGGACUCAAUGAAACUCUCCUCCAUCGCUCACAGGGAGUACACCCUCUUGAGUGUAAUAGGACUUACUUCUGAGUAGCGCUUAGGAUUUUGUUGUAAGAGCUUUAAGGGGGCAUAAGCUUCCAUGAAUUGAAGCCACAAAAGCUUCAAAAUGUUUGUCCGUAAGAGGCCUUUAGGUUGUCUACAUUCCACUGACAAAAUGUUUUGUACCAGCAGUACAUUGUGUUGCUGGUAACUUUGCUGUGCAAAUCUGUUGUGCAAUGAGUUGCCACUAGCACCACUGCUGUGUUGGGCUUCUCUGCGGGGCAUCAUUAAAGCUCACUUGUCUGUGAGCAUCAGAGCUCCUGCCCUGGUUGGAAGAGAACAUUGGGCACAGCCAUUUCUUUGUCUUUAUUCUAUGGGAGUGUUGCAUAUUUUGAGAAAUGGAUAAGGAAUAAUUUUAAGGAAAAAGAUUUCCCUUUGGAUGGUUUUUGAGGAAGCAACAUCAAACUUCCAUUUUUGAGGUUUUCAUAGUCUCCCUGUGAACAGAUUCUUCCUUAUCGAAAACAAACUGAUCAGUUUAAUUGUUUAAUCAGGUGUGGGACAUCUGUCAGCAGGGCCUUAUAGAACUAGCAGGCUUGCUUAGUUGGGUUUUGAUGCUCCAUGUCCUCUCUGAGUUGUUUGGAUAACGUGCUGUUCUCUCUUAGAGUUUUGGAGUGGCAGUAAGCAGAUGUGCAUCAGUUCCCAAACGUCUUCCUGAAAUGUAGUGUUGGUAGGGAUUUGUUUAAUGUAGAUGGGUGACCUUCUCCCUAAAGGCACAUUUCCACAUGUCUGCCUUCGGAGAUCAAAAUAUGCAUUCCAUGCUCAUCGAAUCUCCUACCACACACAGUGCCUGCUUGCUGCUGCUUCUUUGCCACACAGUUAGGGAUGUAAGAAGGCUUCAAUUUCUGUCCACUCCGUAUUCGUCACAUAUAGCGCUGUUUCCGUUCCACUGCAGUUUGGUUUUUGACAAAAACGACAUUCUUAAACUCGCUGUGGCAGAAUUUUAUGUAGCGGAUUAUAUAAUUAAUGGUGUCAUUGUCACAUUAUUCCACACCAUUCAUUUCAAUGCAAAGGAAAUGCAGUGCAAAUGUCUGUGUGUGUAAGGGGCAGGUAAUCGGUUCCGUAUCAUUUAGAAGAAGAAGAAGAGUUUGGACUUGAUAUCCCGCCUUUCACUCUCCUUAAGAAGUCUUAAAGCGGCUAACAAUCUCCUUUCCCUUCCUCCCCCACAACAAACACUCUGUGAGGUGAGUGGGGCUGAGAGACUUCAAAGAAGUAUGACUAGCCCAAGGUCACCCAGCAGCUGCAUGUGGAGGAGUGGGGAAGCGAACCUGGUUCACCAGAUUACGAAUCUACCGCUCUUAACCACUACACCACGUUUUAGAGACCGAAAACAGCAGCAGCAAUUGUGGAUCAAACUGUUCUGGACUUGCGACAAAUGAGUGAACAUUGGCAAUUUUUGCUCUCAUUUCUGCCAGAAUUCUCUAGCAUCCUUCACUACAGAUGUUGUGGGUUCUUAGUUCCUAGUUCCAAGUGGCAACAGCAACAUUGCCAAAGGCUUUGCCUGUACUAGUACUGUAGUGCCGUUGCUUGAAGCGUAUGUAACCCGAGGUACCACUGUAUCUGGUUGCCUAGGAAGCUGCUAACAAACAAAGUAAAAUACAGUGGUACCUCGGGUUAACAUACGCUUCAGGUUACAUACGCUUCAGGUUACAGACUCUGCUAACCCAGAAAUAGUGCUUCAGGUUAAGAACUUUGCUUCAGGAUGAGAACAGAAAUUGCACAGUGGUGGUGCGGCGGCAGCAGGAGGCCCCAUAAAGUGGUGCUUCAGGUUAAGAACAGUUUCAGGUUAAGAACGGACCUCCAGAAUGAAUUAAGUACGUAACCAGAGGUACCACUGUACCUUAAAAGAGUAUAUUGAUAGCCAUCUAGCAUUUUUGGUCUAUUUAACUUGAAAGGACAUUGAAAAGUGUGAGGCCAGAUGAAUCCAAGACCACAGGGCCAGGUUGGUUGCAGUAAGUGAUUUAGAGAUAGGACGAUCCGUUCAGAAGAAGGAGAUAGGGUCCCCACUCCUCUAGUAGAUUGGUAGUAGAGGGUAAAGUCAGAUGAACCCAAAAUGGCAAGGGCAGAUUGGUUGGAGUCAGCGACCCAGAGACACGGUUACCUGAUGGAAAAGAAGACUCCUGCACCUUUAAUAGUUUAGCAGAAGAAAGUAUUUUAGCAAGUGUGGCAGGUUUUGUAAUGGUGCAAUGAUAAUACUGUUGGAAGGGCCAUGUAGUUCAAAUCCCUUUGCAGUGCAUGAUGGGAGUUGUAGUCCAGCAAUACCUGGAGUGACGCAAAUUAGCUGCCCACCCCUUAUCUGAUUAUUACUGCCACCCAAAUGCUCCAAGCCUGUGUCCUGCGAAAUAGCUUUGGCCACAAAGGGUAGGUUUGGACGUUCAAAGCAAGCACAGAGAAAGCACGGAAUUUGACAAAGAAUCUACAUUCCUGGGAAUCUCAGCUUUCUUAUUGUCGAGCUUUUUUAAAGGAAACCACUGAAAUUGUGGAGCUUUUUCCCCCCAACAAAAACGCCAAAACCCCCACUAUUUUCCAAUUGACUUGUCUAAGAUCCAGACAAAGCGCCACCUUUCGGAAGUUUUCACCAGAUGUCAAUUUCACCUUUGAAACCCCAGUAAUGUCCAGGAAAAUCUGUCUGUACGGCAAGCCCUGUUUACAUACCCAGGAAACACACAAUGCUUCUACGUAUUUUUUUUAAGCAUCAGGAAAAUAGGAUGAAGAUUAUAUAUAUAUAUGGGAUUACAGGGAAGGAGGUCCUUUUCUCUCUUAUAAUAUUAGAAUUUUGGCCCAUAUUAUGCAGCUGAUGAUUCACUGCACACAAAGGAGGUUACUUCUUCACACAGUAAGUUAAACGAUGAGAUUUGUUCCUUCAAGAUGUGUCAGCGGCUAUAAAUUUGGGUGGGUUAAAAGAGGAUUAAAGAUAUUCAUGGAGGAGAAGACUACCAGUGGCUCUUAGCCACAGUGUCUACGAUCUGCCUCCACUAUUUGAGGCAGUAUGCCUCUGAAUACUAGUUGCUGGAAAUCACAGCUGGGUAGAAAACUGUUUUGCUCAUGUCUUAUCUGCAUCUGGCUGGCCACUGGGAGAACAGAAAGCUGGAAUAGAUGGGACUUUGACCUGGGCUGUUCUUAUGUUCUCUUCCACACGACAAGCAGAAGCAAAACAAUAUGCAAAUUGGCUUCAUUUGCAUAAUUUACUCAGAUAGCAUAAUCCAGUUUUUCUUUUUCUUUUAAAUCAGCUUUCUUUGGGGUGUUGCUUGGCUUAUGUUGGUGCAUAAUUCUGAUUUGAUCUUUUUUCUUUUGGGGAGGGUACACACCACUGACAGUGUCACCUGCUUAUAUGUUUCUGUAGCUGUAUAUCGACGACACCCUUCAGGUUUUAGAAUCUGCCAAUGAGGUAUCAUGCCCUAGGUUCCACCCCCUAGAUCUAAUUGCUCUCUCUCUCCAGUUGACCAAGCAAAUGCUGGCAAUGGGGAAUGUAACUUAUGUAGCCAGAAAGACACAUGGGGAGAAGAAGAGUUUGGAUUUGAUAUCCCGCUUUAUCACUACCCGAAGGAGUCUCAAAGCCGCUAACAAUCUCCUUUCCCUUCCUCCCCCACAACAAACACUCUGUGAGGUGAGUGGGGCUGAGAGACUUCAAAGAAGUGUGACUAGCCCAAGGUCACCCAGCAGCUGCAUGUGGAGGAGCAGGGAAUCGAACCCGGUUCACCAGAUUACAAGUCCACCGCUCUUAACCACUAUACCACACAUGCUCUUCUCUCCCACAACAACUCGCCUCCCCCCAUCCAGUUCUUUUCUGAAGUCAGAGUUGUAUACCUUUUCAGGGGCUCCCUGCAUGGUUUGUUUCUGUUUAAUUUUAGUAUGAGAAGGAAGUUCUCGGCUAGAAUAUUGUUUGGAUAGCUGACUUAAGUCCCCUGGCAUCCAUACCUGCUGUUCUCCUCCCAGGCCUUCUGUCAUCUCUCUACCCCACCAACAUGCUAUCCCCACCAUCAAAAUUGUGCUAUAAAAUUCAGUGGUGGUAAAACAAAAUCAGGUCUGGGAAUGUAAUUUUUUUUUUAAAAAAAAAAUGCACACACACCAUAUUUUGUUUUGCGAUAAAAAUAUAACAGCCAAAAGGAAGAAAUUGCAAGCAACAUAAGGACCAAACAAGAUCAAUAAUGAGGGGGGAAAGAGGAACGUCCAUCAUCGCCCACAGAUUAUGAGCCUCGUGUAUAUCAUGUGGACAGUUAGAGUAAAACAGCCUGAGGAGCAGAACGCUGGCCAUUGAGAGAGUUUGGAUGUUAGUUAUGUAACUGAAUCGAAGUCAGACAAAAUGCAAGCAUUUGCAUGCAGCUGGAAUAUGGUUAGAAGACAUACCCUCCAACUACCCCCAAAAUACAGGAAUCAUAAUCAAAACCCUGAGCCAUCACAGCUUCUCACUUUUUCACGCAGUCCCAAAUUCCAGAGGGACCUUCCUUUCAGUACAGUAUUUCAACGUGUUACAGGACGUUCAUAUCCAUUCAUCCCUCUAACACAUUUCUUAGAUCUGUGCCUCCUGCUCCCUUCCCCGCCCCUCUCAAUAUGGCACCACUUCCUGUUUUUACGAAAACAAGUUCCGGAUCACUUGGAUGCCCACAGCAUGUUUUUUGCUGUUUCCUUGCUCCUCAGUUGGUUAGUCUCCCAUAAAGAAAGUGGUGGGUGGGGGAGCCAGGGGAACAGGGCCCAUCUGCGAGGCAGCAAGGGGUGCUGAGGGGUUGUGGGUGCAGAAAAGCGACCAUUAUGAUCACUUGGCUCUGUCUUGCUUCGUUCAGUUGCUGGGUCUGCUUCCCUCCCCACCCUCAGCGGAGGAGGUGUGGAGAGGGGGGACAUUGAUGUAGAACAGGCAUCCCCCAAAACUCUCCAAAUGUUUUGGGACUACAACUCCCAUCAUCCCUAGCCAACAGAACCAGUGGUCAGGGAUGAUGGGAGUUGUAGUCCCAAAACAUCUGGAGGGCCGAGGUUGGGAAUGCCUGAUGUAGAAUAUGUCCUUAUUUUCAUCUGAGGAAGGUUGGAGGGUGUGAGAAGCUUGAAGGCUUUCUAUGUAGGAGAGAAGCAGAAACUAUCACACAGAGCUGGGGAAGCCUUUCGGGCCUGCAUUCCUUCCUGAACCAUCUUCCAGGGGUCAUAUGCCAGUGGUGGGUGGGGCCAGAUGCAAAAGUGGGUGGAGCAAUGAAUGCAGGGUUUCGUUUUUGUUUUUACCUUUGUACAGCAGCUUGGUUUCUACACGGCAUUAGAAAUUAGCCAGGAGUGCAUUGCUCCUGGUUUGGGUCCAGUUGCAACUAUGUGGAGAUUUCUGGGCAUCGGGUUGGCGACCACAGUUUACAAACCUCUGCCCAUAGUUAUUCCAUAGUUAUUGCCAUUUCCAUUUCCACUGUGUGUGUUUCUCCUUCUUGCAUACUGGGACAAGUGAAUUGUUGUAAGAGGCAUGUUACAGUCAAGCAAUGUAGUUGAGAUCACAGAAUUAUAGAAUCGUAGCAUUGGAAGGGACUCUGAGGGUCGUCUAGUCCAACCCCCUGGCAAAUAGACAUUCCGCUGUGGUGGCCGUAACCUAGAUUUAGCACCUAGCUUAUAUAUCUGAGUUUCUAACAUACCUCUCUGUCCUUUGUCUGGGCAAGAGUCAUUUCUGAGUUCUGGGACAUAUUCCAGCUCAGCAGAAAUACUCCAGCAGGGUGCAAAGCAGGGCUGGUGAAUAUUCUAAGCUUAAGAAAGUCUUUUCUGGCCACCAUGGUAUCAGCACAGGCAUUCUCCUAUGCCCCCUCAUCCAGAAGGACCCCUCUUUUGUUCUUUCUUAGAGCCCAGAGGUGGCAAAGAAACUUGCCAGGGCUACCACAAUUGUGGUGCAAAGCAAGAGGAUAGCAUGGCUGCUGCAAGGAGGACCACGUCAUGGGGUGGUGGUGGGGAGUCCAGAUGCCAGUGGGCAUGGCAGCUGGGGAUGGUGGCGCUGGCAGCAGAGACAUUGGCAAGGGGUGCCCAUUGGCUAGACUAUGCCAAGGGCACGGUACUGUGGAGUCAGGGACUGCAAAAUGAAGAUGCCAGAUCAAUAAGCAAACCAACUAUUGUGAGCCUUUCCAUUAAGCUACACCCAGGGAGUAAAAGAGGCUUGAGUUAGCAGAAAUAGUAACAUGCCCAGAUUGAUUGAAGGAAGCUUGGGCCAUGGAUGCCCUGCAUCUUUACACCAGUUUAACUGUUAAUGCUCUCCUCCAAGUAAACGCUUGGGAAAUGUCGCUGCAUUAAGGGGUAGGGAUCAUUAACAUAUACCAUUUUCUGCACUUUUGCAGAACUAUGAUUCCCAAGGUUGCUAAGGAAAAUCCAUGCAAUUAAAUCAAUUUAGAACUAAUUUGUGCUUGUAGCAUAGCUCGGAUCUCCCAGCUUUCUCAUUGGAUGCGCAGUACAUUAUUAUUAGUUGUAUUUCUAGUCUCAUAAUUAUCAUUAUUAAUGUACGUUCUUAAAGCCUUAAAUGUCCCCAGAUACCUGAAGAACUGCCUCCUUCCCAAGAGACUCUCCUGGGUGUCCGUCUUGGUUGUUCCAGCACCCUCAGAAGCUCAAGGCGUGGAGGCCCAGGGGAGGGCAUUCUCUGCGACAGUCCCUAAGUGUCAGGGCCCCACAGAGGUACAUCUGGCAUUUUCACAAUACAGCUUUCAGCAAAUAUUCUUUACUUUGGCUUUUGAUGCUUGAGAGAGAUAUUUUUAGCACCCACUUUAUUUCUGUGGCGCUUAAGUACUUUAAAACUGUUUUUAAUAUUAUGUUUUAGUUGCUGUAAUCUCCCCUGCAACCUUGGGGCAAAGGGCGUCUAAUAAAUCACCACCACCAUCAUAGCAGCAUUGGGUGCCUAGUUGCUGAACAGUGAUAACAGAUUUCUUCCAACCAUUGCCUCUUAAGAGGACACCAGGCAUAGGAAGCAGCCUUAUAAUGAGUCAGGCCAUUGAUUUGCCUUAGUUUGGUAUUGUUGAACUGACUGGCAGCAGCUGUCCUGGGUGUCAAAAUCAUUGAGUUGGAAGGGACCAUGAAGGUCAUCUAAUCCAACCCGCUGCAAUGUGGGAAUCUUUUGCCUCAUGUGGGGCUCGAACACAUGACCCUCAGAUUAACAGUGUUGGUGCUGACCUUUAAAGCCCUAAAUGGCCUCGGUCCUGUAUACCUGAAGGAGCAUCUCCACCCCCAUCAUUCAGCCCGGACACUGAGAUCCAGCGCCGAGGGCCUUCUAGCGGUUCCCUCAUUGCGAGAAGUGAGGUUACAGGAAACCAGACAGAGGGCCUUCUUGGUAGUGGCGCCCACCCUGUGGAACACCCUCCCUUCAGAUGUGAAGGAAAUAAGCAGCUAUCCUAUCUUUAAAAGACAUCUGAAGGCAGCCCUGUUUAGGGAAGUUUUUAAUAUUUAAUGCUGUACUGUUUUUAACAUUUGAUUGGGAACUGCCCAGAGUGGCUGGGGAGACUCAGCCAGAUGGGCGGGGUAUAAAUAAUAUAUUAUUAUUAUUAUUAUUAUUAUUAUUAUUAUUAUUAUUAUUAUUACAGUCUCAUGCUUUACCAAUGGAGCUACCUCGGUUCCUAGUCCUUAGCCCUUUCUGGAGAUGCUGGGGGUUAUUAUUAUUUAUUAAAUGUUUAUACUGCCCUUCAUCUGAAGAUCGUGAGGCAGUUUACAACAUAAAAACAAAAAAUGCAUAACAUCACCACCAUCAUCAAGCAAUACUCCCACCCCCAACAGCCCCAGGCUUGAACAUGGGACCUUCUGCAGGCAAGGCAGAUCCUCUGUGAUGGGGCACAAGUUCCCCACCCCUGCUCUACACUUAGAGCACCUCUCCGGGGUUUCAGAAACCUGUCUUUCGCAGUCUUACCAGGAGAUGCCCAGGGAUCAAGCCUUGGGGACAGUAUUUAUGUCAAAGCUGUGUUCUGUCAUUAAGCUACUUCCCCUAAGCUAUCUAUGAUUUGCUUUUCCUUUCACUUUCAUCCCCACCCUUGCCCCGAAGAAGGGGUACACGCUCACCCCCUUCCCAUUUGCCCUGCAGAACAACCUUGCAAGAGUAGGUUUAUUUGUUUAUCAAAGUAUUUCUAUACUGCCAAAUGACAAAACCCAUCAAGGCAGUUUACACCAUUAAAUCAAGUUAAGGUGAAAGGUGGUGAUUUGCAGGGAUCACCCAGCAGGGAUCUGGUCACAUUGUACUCAUGUACUCAUGUUGGUGCUUUGUUGCCAGUCACUUCCAGUACAGAAUGGUAGUUGGGGAACUUGUAACACUGGUACAGAUGCAAGAUGUUAACUAGUUAUCCAUUGGUAAGAUUGACCAUUGCGUUAAGAUCUCAGGAAGAAAGAGAACUUGCAGCAGGGCCCCCCAGCCCCUUCAUUCAGCCUUCAAGGAAGUUCACGACUGCUGCUAGCCUACAAAAAAUUAUAUUAGCCAACCCUCCCAGUUUUAUUAGUCACAUGUGCCACAUAAAGGCAAGCGGUGUUAGGGAAGAAUCAAACUUUGUUCUACUAAUUCCAUUGACUUUAGAAUUCCAGUUCUAAUUCUGCCUUGCUUCCCUGACAUCACAUAGCCAAUGACAGCUAAAGGAACUCUGAUGUGUCUACCUGCAAAGCUCCAGGGUAACAUCAGAGGCCAGCUAUUUCCAACCAUAUGGUCUUUAGGACCUGGAUGUACUACUGAAAUAUAUCCCAAACAGAGACGGAGAUGUGUAUUUUAUGGAUUCAAAAAGCCUGUUUCUAUUACUCAUGUGAUACAGUUACUUUUUUAAUGGGUUUCAUGCUGGCUUUAUUGCAUUUAUUUUUGUAAGCGGCUCAGAUCUCUGGCAGGUAGAAUGAAGCAAAUUUUCAGAAUGCCAUGCUAAUAGUUCAGUCCUACAGCUAUGAACUCAGAAGUAAGCACCACUGAACUGAAUGGGACUCACUCCCAGGCAGAGUUGGGAGGGCCUGUCAAUUUUUGUUCUCUGUUUCUCUCAUUUUUCCAUUCUUAAAUUCAGUUUUUCACAUUUCUGUAUUAAUUUGCAAUCUUUGGGUUUUUGUUUUUUGUUUUUUAAAAAACCCUCAUAAAAAUUAACCAGCAUUAACCAGCAUUUUUGUUUUUUAUUUUUAGUAAUAUAUUAAUUGUUAUACACAAUUUCCCGUAAUAGAUGCGUUUCUGUAAUUUUUUAGAAGCAUUGAUUGGAGAACUGCGCUGCAGAAUUUGGAUAAGUGUAACUUUCAAAUUGUGGCUGGUUCUCAUAUUGGUUCAGAUAGUGCAAAUUUAAUAGAUGUGCCUUUAAGUGAGUUGAGCUCCCCCCCAACCCAUCUCUACUCCCAUGUAAGCAUAGGAUUGCACUGUGAGAGAAUUUUUGACAGGUACGGGCACCUGGGCUACUGGCUAUAUGUGAAACUGGGGCUUCAGUGUGAUUACCUGGCAAUUAUUCAGCUAUUUAUUAAAUUCCUAACUUCCCAGGUGGCAAACAACAAAACCAGGCAAGUUUUAAGAAGCAGUGGAAAGGUUUUUAAACAUCUGAAAGCAUUUCUCAGACCCUCGCAGCUAAUACGUUGCCAGUAACAGUAUCUUUCAGCCAUCAAACGCCUGGGUGAACAGGAAUGUUUUGACAUUCCUGCUGAAUGUUAAUCAUGUGGGAGAUGGAUGCACCUCAACUGAGAGGGCCUUCCACAAACAGGGAACCACUACCGAGAAGUCCUGUCAUGAGUCAGCACCCAGUGGGCGCAUCAUCGUAAGGACCAAGAUGGUUAUUCAAAUCGAACCUCUUCUCCCUUUUACAUAGCUCCUCAGUGUGGCCAAAAACCAAACAAACCAGAAAUGACAGGUUCAAAAGUAUAGAAUUUUGGUCUGUAUGGCAGUUUUUGGAAGGUGAGCCCCCCGUGAAGGUGGAGCAAAGCCUCAAACUCCAGGAAAGGGCUGGCUUCUAUUUGGAGCUAAACUCUCCUCAGGGUGCCUAUCAGUAAGUUCCCUCCUGCCCCACCGCACACAGUUUGACUGGAUCUCAGAAGCUACCUGCCCUCUACAGUUCCCACAAUGCCCUGGAGCAGCACUUUCUUUGGUGCCCCAAGGCAUUCUGGGAUAUUGGCCAGCAGACUUCCAGCCCCAGCCCUACUACUGCUUAGAAUGGCAAGGGGAACAGGCAAGCGGGAGGGACAGGAACACAGUAAGCUGCUUUAUACAGGGUCAGAAUACUGGUCCUUCUAGCUCCCUAUUGUCUACACCAGGCAUAGGCAAACUCUGCCCUCCAGAUGUUUUGAGACUACAGUUCCCAUCAUCCCUAACCACUGGUCCUGUUAGCUAGGGAUGAUGGGAGUUGUAGUCCCAAAACAGCUGGAGGGCCAAGUUUGCCUAUGCCUGGUCUACACUGACCAGCAGUAGCUCUCCCGGGUUUCAGGCAGGAAUCUCUUCCAUCCCUUCCUGGAUAUGCCAGCGGGGAUUGAAUCUGGGACCUCCUGCUUGCAGGGUAGACAUUGCUCAAUGGUAAAGCUAUGGUCAAAGUGGGUGUCAAGGCCUGGGGCCCCAAAGGGGGCAUCUGUACUGGUGGGUCAAGUUUGGGUCCCCAGGAUAAUAUGGAAGGGCGAGGGAACCACUGUGGUGUGCAAAUAAUAGUACUCAGUGGGAAUACAUUUCACUCCUUUCUUACCCAAACUGGUAAAUCAUUCUGUGCCACUCAAAUGAUGUCAUCCAUUUAGCUCGGUUUAUUGUUCAGAUAUCCUUUUAAUCUGGCUGUUUUAUAUGAUGGUGCUUUGCCGUCAAGGAGGUUUCCAGGCACACACGGAUUCCCAGAAGAUGUCCCACAAUGCACCAGAGAGAAAAACCUGGCAGUGACUCCUAUACAUUUUUAUGGGGGACUGUCAACUUCUUUGUGAUUAAGGAUCUACUUAUUUAACCACGGCAGUGGUUCUCGACACUGAUAGGCCCAUAUUAACGCCUCAGACUGGUAGCAAUUUCCUUCAAAAUAUCAGCCUGAGGUCAUAGCCAGCUCUGGAACUUAACUACCGUAAGUGGGGAUGUUGGAGUUUGAACCUGUCGUCAUAAACCUCGGCAUGCAGAUAUGAUAACAAACUUGGCAAUAAAUAAAACAAGAAGAGAUAUAUUUCAUAGAUCUUUAUGGUGUUGGGGAUAAAGGUAAAGGGACCCCUGACGUUUCAGUCCAGUUGCGAACAACUCUGAGGUUGUGGUGCUCAUCUUGCUUUACAGGCCAAGGGAGCUGGCGUUUGUCCGCUUCCGCAGACAGUUUUUUCCGGGUCAUGUGGCCAGCAUGACUAAGCCGCUUCUAGCAAAGCCAGAGCAGCGCACAGAAACGCCAUUUACCUUCCUGUCAGAACUGUACCUAUUUAUCUACUUGCACUGGCAUGCUUUCAAACUGCUAGGUUGGCAGGAGCUGGGACCGAACAACGGGAGCUCACCCAGUUGUGGGGCCUCGAACCGCUGACCUUUUGAUCGGCAAGCCACCCGCAUCACUAUGGUGUUCGGGAUGGAAGAGGUUAAAUCAGGAUGGCCUGUAGAUCUCUUGGUACUUUGCAAUAGGUCAGGAAAGUUUUUUGUUGUUGUGCCCAGGGUGAAGAAUGUCUUGCCCACACAACCCUCCAUGCUAAGUUCUGCAGUGUUGCCAAGCUAUGUGCCUUGUGCAAGAUUGCAGCAGGCAAGGCUGGCAUCAAGGACUGGAACACCUGGGCAUCUGCUGAGAGCCCCACACGCCAGCACUGAUCCAGUUCUGAAUUUGACCUCUUGCCAUGCACACCUUUUGGAUCCUUUCCCUUAAUUUUUUAUGGUGCUGAUAGCAUUUGCAGAAUCUGUCGUGCUUAUCAUGCUUGGUUAGGACAGCCUCUGAAGUGAAGCCGUCCUCUGCUGAUUUUUAUCUAGAACAAAUGGCAUCAAAUUGGAAACCGGGAAGAGAAACACAGCCUUAAAGCUAAUGGAUGGAAAUUCAUUUUGUAAUGGGUACCCAAGCAACCUGCAGGACUUUGAAAAAAGUUCAAAGACAUUGACUGCUGGGUUUGUUUCUUUUUUUGCUCUAUCCCAGUGCAGCAUAAACUCAACAGAUACUGAGCUACUGAGCUCAGUUUUAUGCCCCAUUCAAUUUCAUGCCAGCCAGUAGAGGCAGUUCCAUUAGGGUAAAUGGGACACUGGUCCACCAACCUUAACCUGCACUCAGCCAGUCCUCCCACCUGCUUGCUGUCUUACAAUCAGUCAGGGAGCAGCUCCACUUUCCAUAGACUCUGGAUCUGCCUGUCAUUGCCUCUGGCUCCACCUACUGUUGGCCUCCCAAUUUUCUGCCCUACCACGGCCAGUGGACACUUGCCACCACUGCUGCUGAGUGUGAGCGCCCACUUCAGCCCAGCCAAUCUUCUAGGUGCUGGUAGUGGUAGUGCUGAGUCUGUGGCCCUCCCAUUGUCUCUGACCAUUGGUCAUGCUGGCUGGGACUGAUGGGAGUUGAAGGCCAGCAAUCUUCUGGAGGGUCACAUGUUCCCCACCCCUGCUAGAUGACAUUUCUUGCCCCAGCCCCAUGUUCAAAUUGGCUCUGAGCAUUGGCAGUUUUUAGGUCACUUUUUGUAUCGAGAAUAAUUACUGUGUCACUCAUGACUGCAAACUCAAGGAGCAAAUGCCAUGUCUCAGAUGCAAGCAGCAACGGGCUCAGCCUCAGAGGAGCUCAAGAGCCCUUCUACUCCUCUCGGUUUGUUGCUCCCACCAGGCACCUUAGGGUGCCCCUGCCCCUGGUUGGAGCUUGCUGGAGGAAGCUUACACCCUGCCUUAAAAGAGGUUACAUGGAAAGCGAUUGACCUGCUGUUCUAAUUGCCUGACAUUCUGUUUAGUAAACCCUAAUUACUGGAGCGAGGAGUUAAAUGGGAGGCUGUUAAACGAGGAUUGACAGCUGUGGCCGUGGAUCUAAUUACAGGCAUUCCUGAUGCAAGGAGUGAGCCUGUGCUGCUUCUGUUGCCGUGGAAACACACAGGCUGAGCGAAGGAAACCAUCAGCACCAGGCAGCCAGGCAUGCGCCAUGCCACACAGACUCAUGUGACUCUCUGGUUUCUUGCUAAUGCAAGCCUAAGGCCCAGAGUAUGGUGUCCAGUGCGUAACACAAACCCCAAGUAAGGGUGAAUAAAAUGCUACCAUGGUGUAGGAUGACACAGAAGGCAUUGUUUGCCCAUGUCCACACAUUGCACUCAGCACACUGGAUGUGCAUAAAUGCACAAUGCUAUGAUGUUUUGGCCUCCUCGUGAAGAGCUGAGACAGGUCGCUGGAGCCUUGGAUUGUCACCCACUGCUGGACAUUCCUCUUAUAACACUUGUGUGGACAGACGAGAUAAUUGUUUUUUUCCUUCGUCUUCAAGAACAUCUCAGGUGACCUUUGCACAAUUACAGCUUUGUGCAAGCAAUACAUUUAAAGCACAUUUAAAACACACACCGCCCCUUGAGAAUCUUGGAAACUGUAGAUUACCCAUCACAGAGAUACAAUUCCCAGCACCCCUAAACUACAGUUCCAAAGAUUAUUUGGGGGGAGUCAUGGAAUCAUAGAAAUGUGGGGUUGGAAGGGACCCCAGGGUCAUCUUGUUGAGCCCCCUGCAAUGCAGGAAUCUCAACAUGCGCUUGUGUGCUUUAAAUGUAUAGUGUGCUUGCAGUCUUACAUCUCUUAGGUCAUGGCCUGCAACCUCCCUUGUGUGGGGUAAGUCCACAGGAGGCAAGGCAAUUGGGAGUCCAACAAGCUCUGAUGUUCCACCUAGAUAUUCUUCAACUGAAGGUCUUGCCGGUACUUCCCCCCACCGCAGCUCCAAGGGCAGGAAAAGGUCUCCUCAAGAGCAAGGAGAGCUGGCUGGAAAGAAAGUCUUUUCCUCUCUCCAGUUCUUAACCUGACCUUUGCAUUUGUCCUGUCAUGCUCCCUAUUCAUCUGAGAACCACGAUAUACAAACUGUAAAUCGUUGUUGGAAGAACUAAAUAAGAGAGUUAGGGUGUUUGGGGCUGGAGGGGGCAUUUACUCAGCAACACAAAGGGAAGAUGCAGGCAGAGGGAACAGCAACCAGGAAGUGAUUCAGCACAAUAGGAGAGCAAAGGAGCAGGAGUGAAAGACUGAAGCAUGUCCAGCAGGCUUGAAUAUUAUAAUAAUAAUAUAAUCAGCAGCCUGCUGAACUUCCAUCACCAUGGUUGAUGUUAUUCCCAGUGGACUCUUAUUGAAUGAGUGUAUUACAGAGGGUGAAAGCUAUGCAAAUAUAGGAAAACAGAACCAUAGAAUUGUAGAGCUGGGAGCCCAAGGGUGAUCUAGUCCAACCCCCUAUAUGUCCCUAAAUAUCUUUUUAAAGGAGGGUGCAAAAAAGGCAGCAUCUAAAAUAAGUAAGUACCACACAACCCUGUGUAUAUUGAUCAACACAUUUCUCUCUUGUGCCUUCUCCUGAUUUUCCCACAGAGCCCUCCUUUAAAUGGUUAAUGGCAGCUUCUGCCAUUUGUUCUUUGGGUAGGACUUAAAAUUCUCAAAGCGCUUAAUGCAUGGGGUUUGUUAAUCUUCACACCAGCCCUGUGUCGUGGAUCACUCUUGUUCCCGUUUUACUGGUAGAAAACUGAGCCAGCGCCUUGCCCCAGGCCAGAGCCUGUGCCUGUGGCGGCAGCUAAUUUUCUACCACUGGACUGUGGAGAAAUGUCCCCAAAUGAAUAAUAAAUUAUAGAAGUGUAGCAGCCUGUUGCGUCACCCCCCACAGCUAAAAGAAGAGGGCAGGUGCAUGUAUUAAGAAACAUCAGUUUGGAGUGAGAGAGAGAGAGAGAGAGAGAGAGGUGAGUUUAGCAAAGGUACUUUGGGGUGCAGAGCCUCGCCAGAAAUCCAGUGUGGGGUAGCAGUUCUCCUAUCUAGUAGGAGCACCUUCCGUUUGAUUCCAUAUAUGCUCUACUCGUAUAUUACAAAUAAAGGGGAAACACCGUAACUCUGGAGGAUGUGCUGUAGCUCAGUGACAGAACAUCUGUUUUGCAUGGAGAAGGGCUUGGGUUCAAUCCCUUACAUUCCCAGGUAGUGCAAGGAUAGACCUCUGCUUGGAACCCCAAGAGAGCUGUUGCCAGAGGUGUACUGUCAGUUAAGUUUAUUUGCUAAGAACCGGUGGUCACACAAAUCAGUUGUGUCGCUCAGUAUAAGGAGCUUUCUAUGUUCCUUUAUUAUUCCAUCUUUUAAAGGAAAGUGAACUCGCAGAAGCAGUGCCAUGUUGGCAUUCUGUUUCCCUGCUGGUGGGCGUGUUUUUCCCCAGGACCUGACAAACCCGACACGUUGGUGGUUCAGCUACAUUGUUGCACAUUCCCUUUAAGUGUGGGCGUGUGAUGUGAGCAUGUGCAAAGCCGGGGUUUCGAUGAGGAUGGCAGAGCAGCUUGGCAUCCAGGCUAAAUGCUUGCCAGUCUGAGGCUGACAAAGAUGCAGGAACAAAGGUAGGGAUGAGAGAUGACUGACUGUAUGCGUGAAACUUGGAUCUGCUUUGCCAAAGCUGAGGUGCAGUUCCAAUAAGGAACUGUUCCAAUAAGGUUUUCUGCCCUUGGCAGUUGAGGAGUGAAGUUUGUGCCUUGGAAAUCUCUGGUCUUCUUCCUCCAGUGAGGCAUUUCAUUAACUCUCCUGAUGUUUUGGUUGCACUGAAACUGACUCUGGCAAAGAGACGCAGAUCUUUGAUUAGCUUGCCCUCCGCUCUGGCAUUUCCCCUUCAUAUGAUCCCUUUCAGAAGGGCCCGUUUCAGAAGACUUUAAUGAGGUGGGGGAGAUGGCAGAAGAAAAAAGGGGGGCAGUUGCACUUGUGAGCGUGCUCUUCCUUGUGCACAGGACUGUAAUUUGUGCUUUUGCUUCUUGGUUUUCCCUGCUGAGUCUCACAGGGAGCUGUUCUUCAGCACUCUUGCCUGAUCCAUUCAUUCCCCACCAGCAGCUCCAAGAAUUACAAUCCACUCAAGUGGUUGCAAGGUGGGGAGGGAAGCCUCCUGCUGGUUUCAAUAGAGAUUUGGAUGGGAGCCCAGUUCUGCGUGUGUGUGUGCAUGCACACACGUGUGCGUGGGAGGGAUUAGGCAUAGCUGGGAAGGAGGUGGGGCGGGGGAAAUAGCCAACCUCCCUCUGCCGAGGAACAGAGCUGCAGUUAGCUUGAAGAGCAGAGAGCUGAGCUGGAUGGGAUGGUUUAAAUGGAACUCCCUGUAGGCAGACCCAAGUCUGCCAGGCUGCUUUCUGAUGUGAUUUGCCUGACAGUCCUCCACAAGGCCAUUUGGCUGGGUGAAGAAGUAGCAUAUCUCUUGCUCUGAAUAUCUCAGCCGACUGGACCUAAGCAAUUUCCUGCCCUCUGAUCUAUGGCAUGGGUGAGCAACCUUCCAAUGGUCACAGGUCAGUGGUGGGUGGGACCAGAGACCAAAAUGGGCGGAUCAACAAAUGGAAAUGUUAGUUUUAUACACCAGGCUGUUUCCAUGGACACUCAUGUCUGUCUGCCUAACCAGGCAAGCAAAAGGCAUCAUCGGAGUUACGGACACAUUCUAACCAGGCCAAAACACCCAGGGAGGGUGCAGACAGGGUUGAAGAGGGGUAUAGUAUGAGGAGAGUCCAGAGGGCCAGAUAAUGAAGCCUAGAGGGUUGCAUAUGGCCCCUGGUGUUGAGGCUCCCCACCAUUGAUCUACAUAGUGUGUGGUGUGGAUUUUAUUUUCUGGUGCCAGCUACAUUUUUUAAUGAGGAGGAAGUGACAGUACAGCCACUUGCUUUGGUUGUACAACUGAGAAGGCCAGUCAGCUGCACGCCAGCUUUUACAGCCAUGGUUGGGACCCUGGGACCCUCCAGAUGGCGUUGGACUACAAACACCCAUCACCCUUGACCAUUGGCCAUGCUGGUUGGGGAUGAUGGGAGUUGGAGGCCAUCAACUCUUGGAGGGCCACAGGUUGCAAUUCCUGCUCUACUGAAAGGCUGCUCUACCCUGGCAGUAGAAAGAAAAAGGAGGUUGCUUGCUUUCUCCAAUAUCUAAUGUUUUGUAAGUUGUAGGUAUCUUGAAAUAAAGGUUGGGCAUGAGGAAGGAUGGGGCAAACUCCGUUGGCUGUUUCAUGCAAUCUGUCUAUUUUUGAGCCCCUUCUCUGAUUCCCACCCUAUUAGAAUUCUCUGGGUUCACUAAUGUUGGUCUUCCCAACUCAACUGCUGGGGUGAGCAGGUGUGUGUGUGUGUGUGUGUGUGUGUGUGUGUGUAGGGGGUCUCUUUGCAAGAGGCUCAUUGGCCUUGGAGGCAAAAAGCUGACGGCUUUUACACAUACUAGAUGCAGCACACUGACAGAUGGUAGCUUUAUGGAAUGAAAGAACUGUCCAUAAAUUACCAGCGAAACAUCUCUCUGUUGUCGCCCCCCCCGCUCCAGGUUAAGGCUCCAAGCAGAGAGCAUCUGCAGCUGUGCUUGGUUCCAUGCUGGGAAUUGUUCCCCUUUGCUGCUUUCCAGAUUCCUCUGGUGCAGGUACCCAAAGGAUAAUACACAACCACCUUUUGUGUGUGUGUUAUAACUCAAGGGCAGAGUGCAUGCCCUGCUUGCAGAAGGAAGUCCUGGCUUCAAUCUCCACCCAAAAAUAUUCCUGGGCAAUGGAGAUUCCUGGGCAAUGACUGAUUCCUAGGAAGUGCCACAGCUCAGUGAAUGCAGAAGGUCCUGGGUUCAGUUCUUGGCAUCUCCAGGUAGGACAGGUAAUGUCUCCUUUCUGAAACCUUGGAGAGCCACUGCCAGUGCAGACAAUACUGAGCUUGAUGGUAUAAGGCAGCUUCUUAUCUUCUGAGAGCAUUUGGCCAGCUAAGCCAAUGGUUUGAUUCAACAUGUUCUCUAUCUUGCUCCAAAGGGCAGGGCUAGAACCAAUCGGUAGAGAAAUGGCAGGGAGGCAGGAACCAGGCUAAAUAGUCUGAGAAACUUCCUAAAUGUAAAAGUUACUCAGUAAUGGAGCAAAGUGCCUGGAUCUUUGCUGGAGAUACUUAAAUAGAAUCUGGGCAUCCAUUUCUGAUGGAUGCUAUAUUUUCCCACUGGCUGUUUGAAAGGAUCUGAUGCAUAGCCUCCUUCAACAGAUCCCAGUUCAUUGGUUUUGUAUGCUGGGACCAGCCAUAUAUCCAACACAAAGAAGGCUGCCCUGUAACUUGCUGUGGGAUUUCACCAAGUGUAAUGAAGCACAGUUCAUUCAACUAUUAUCCAACUGGUGGUCUGUGGCCAGUUGCUUAUACCCACCCAUGGAAAAACCAACCAGGAAGGUGAUCCCAGCUGCUUUGCUCUAGGGAGGCUUGGCCAAGCCACCUGUGUGAGGUCUGGACGAGGUCAAAUAUUCCCCAAACCACAAGCCAUUGAUCUUGCCUUGCUUGUGCGCUGUUCUGCUUUAUGUGGGCUUCGACCUCCUGAGCUUAACAAAGUGAAAAUAAAUAUUUAAUUAUUCUCCUAAAUAAAAAUCAAUAAAGCUGCUGGUUGGCUAAGUAAAUCAGGGGGCCCAUAAAUUUUCCCCAUGCGCUGCUUGGAGUUCUUCCAUUAAUGGCUGUUCUGCUGCGCAGAAGCAAUAAUUAAAAGGUGGGAGGGAGAACUGGCAGGGGGCACGCAAGGAAAUGUGAGGCUGAACUGGAGAUUCCUGCCCCUGCAGGAUCAGGGUAUCCUGGGAUUGGAUCCAAAAGGAAUCUGUCAAUGAUGCUUGAUCUGCUGCACCAUCUGUUGAAAUAUGAUGGAGUGAGCAAAGCGAAGAGUGAGCAGGGGAAAGUGUGACUCACACUAAGCAGAAACACCGCUAAGCAAAGGUAGAAACACACCUAACUUGGUCCAACCUGGAUAAGUUCCAUAGCUUGGCGGCAGAGUGCAUCCUUUGCAUAUAGGUGGUCCAUUCAAAAAUAUUUAGGUAGAAGGUGGUUGGGAAGGCUUAGAUAUUGGAGAGCUACUGGCAGCCAGAGGAGACCUUACUAGGAUAGGCAGCUAAGCAGUUUGAAUAUUAAACAGCUAAAACGUUGGACACAGAAAGACAGCUUUCUAUGUUCUUGUGCAAACUGGACAUAGCAAUGUCCAGUUCAGUUUAUGCACUUAAAAACAACUAUCUUCUUCAAAACGAGUUAAACACAUACAACUUUAUGAAUAACGUUUUGCAUAGCCUUAAAAACCUUUCCAUUGUACAAGGGUACCUGUUUGCACAGUGUUUGCAAAGCACCAACAUGAGUGGCACCACACAGAACUAGUGUGGCAUAAUGGCUGGAGUGUUGACUAGGACCUGAGAGAGCAGGGUUCAAAUCCCACACUUUGCCAUGAAGCUCAGUGGAUGACUUUGGGCCAGUGGCUGCGUCCCAGCCUUAUCAACCUCCGAGGGUUGUUGCGUGAAUAAAACAGGGGGGGGGCAUGUAUUCUGCCUUGAGCUUCAUGGAAGAAAGGUGGGGUAGCAAUGUAAAAAUCAUUCUAUGGAAAUUCUCCUAAGAGCCAUCUUGGAUUUAGUUUUCUAGUGUGAGGUACAAAUUCACUCUUCCAUCAGCAGACAUUCUCUGUGCUUUGCAUCUAAAUCCAUAAUAAAGUAAAAACUUUCCUUGGAGAAAUGUUUGCAUGCCUGGGUGGUAUGCGUUGUUUUUAAAGAAACAGCUGCUAAGAAAACCAAGUAUUCUGGAAGUAUUCUGUAUCUGCUUGUAUGCACAUACUUUAUCAGUCUUUUUGCUCUGUCGCAAGCUAAGCACAAAACCUCCAACAUCUGGGCCCCACUUACUUAUCCUUUGACUGCUUAUCAGGCUUUUGUUGUAAACCAACCAAACCAGCCACUUUUCCAGUAGCCUUGCCUCCUGCAUAUAUCUCAUGCAUCCACCGCAGUUGCAGCCAAUGCAUCUUUAAUGCUUUGUGAAUGUGGGCCGUAAUUGAAUGCAGAGACCUACUUCAGCUCUCAGCGUUUGAGCUGGAGUGCUGCAAGGUAAAUAGAGUCAUAAUGAAACUCGUGACUCUAAACAUGUAAAAAUAUAAAUUUUACUGUUUGAUAUCCUUAAUGUAAUAUAUGAAAUGCAACUUUUGAAAACCACAGUGUUACAAGAUCACAAUGAAAUGAUCUGUUGUUUUUGUUGGGGUUUUUUAAAAAUGACUCCUAACUUACUUUCACAGUCUUUUUUUGUAAAAUCUCUGUCCUUUGUACACUGAGUUUUUACAGAGAAAUCCAAUCAUGUUGCUGCCAGCCCAUUGCUUUCUGUGUUGUCUUCCUCCUGUUGUUGUUUUUAGAUUUGAUUUGUGAUGAUUUCAAUUUUUUUAAAACUUAAAAUGCCAUUUUUAAGUGCCAAUUGCCAGGUGUGGAUUGACAAAGUGCUAUUGAGACUCUUCAGAAAUGCUGUUAUUUUAUUUUAAAAGGGAUUCUGGCCUUGUAAUUAAUUGCUUCCUGUUCACUUGUGUGACCACAACUUCCCUGUAAGUGCUCUGCUUCUGUCCCUCUGCAAAAAGAAAGUAGAGCUUUAACUACAGGCUUCCAUUAUGCAGCAGAUUUUGAUGUUGUAUGGCAGGGAUAGGCAAACUCAGCCCUCCUGAUGUUUUGAGACUACAAUUCCCAUCAUCCCUGACCACUGGCCCUGUUAGCUAGGGAUGAUGGGAGUUGUAGUCCCAAAACAUCUGGAGGGCCGAGUUUGCCUAUGCCUGUUGUAUGGUCACAUAAAUCCAUUAUGUCCACACAGGUAAAAGCAGCUGACAUAUUCAAAUAACCAACAGAGGAAUGUCACAGCUAUGCAAACAACCAGGAAGCAACUAAUUACAAGUGUACAAGGGGCUUUAAAAGAAAAGGAUAAGGAGGGACGCAUUAAUUAAAGGGACAGUGUCAAGGAGAAGCAGUAGCUUUCAUGUAAAGGACCUGCUUACAACUAAUUACAGGAACCUAAUAAUUAAAGGAGAGAAGCAAGGCUUUUCUUGGAAAGGGACCAUCUUCUAAGAAAACUUACAGCAGGUUAUUGCACACGGAAAUGGGCACUGCUAGAUUUUUAUGGGGGAUAUUACAGUACAGCAAGUGCCAUGUUUUUACUUCAUCUUCCAGCUGAGUAUGUUAAACCAACGGCUCACUAAAGGGCCCUCAUGGUGGUGUUUCCUGCUUGGCAGGGGGUUGGACUCGAUGGCCCUUGUGGUCUCUUCCAACUCUAUGAUUCUAUGUGGAAGCAACCCAAAUAUCAGCAUCCAAAGAGUUAAGACAGAUAACCUGAGAGUCUUCAGAAUUCUCGUCAGAGAGAUUUGGGACUUAUUUCCAUUAAUAUCUCAGAGGAUUUGAAAGAGUCACCUAUUUUGUCAGGGUUUUUUAAAAAAACCUUUCUCCUGUUUUAGGUGUUUUUGUCCUGCAGUAUUAUACCCAGUGCUUGUUUUUGUUUUGUUUUUUGAAAAAAAGUGCUGGAAGUCACCAUGAACUUGUUAUAUUAAGUGCUACACUUUAAACAUUUUGGGGGGAAAGGUGCCGUACUGCAUACCCUUGAGUACUUCCAGAAAAAAGCACUGAUUGUAUAACACAUUAUGUUAUAUUUUACAUAAAAGGAAUUACCGGUAUGUAUCUUCCAUGACUACAGGUAUGGGUGUAUCUUUGCAGAGAGGGUGAGUUUGGGGAAUUGAGAUGCAUUCCAUGUGUUGGGUUGGGUUGCAAAGGGAAUAUACAAGGUGGAGGCUUAGUUAGGACUUAAAUCCUACGGAAACUGUGUAAGUUUUUGCUGCUGUUGCAACAGAGACUGACAUGGACUAACAUCAGUACACAAAUGCAUGCAAACUAAAAAAAACACAAAAAAAUCUAUAGACCUUCAGUUUGUCUUCCAGUUUUGAACUUCAGGGCAAAAACUAGAUUUUGAGUCUUGGAGGUUGAGAGCAGCUUCUUGAGUUUUGAACUACCACACACACAGAUCCAGAUUUAUUUACUUUUUCAUUUUUUCAUUUGCAAAUGUCUGAAUGGCUCUACCAAGAGACAUAUGAGGUUACCUGCAUCUGUGUGAACGUAGCUGUUUUGAAUGCCUCAAAUUGUGAAAAUGUGUGUAGCCUUAGCUUUUGGCUCAGUAUUGAUUAUUAGAAUUUAGAGUUUAGUUUUAUGUGUCCCUUCCUUUUUAAAAUUGCAUGGCAACCUUCAUUGGGUGUGUUUGUGUGUGUGUGUUUGAUCAGCUGGUGUGUGCAUUCACCUGAGCAACAAAUAUUAAGUAUGUGAAUUUGAGGGGGGACAGGUACAACAGGGAAAGAGAGAAUAGAAGCUUCUGGGAUGAAAUAUGUAUAAAUAUGUAAUAUGAAUUUAGGAAAUGAACUCUGAGUAUAGUACAGUUCCUGGCCCUUUAUUCUUUAAGCCAGGGGUGAGGUACGUCCAGCACAUCAUUUUAAUUAAGCCUCCCAAGCCUCCCCAUUUGGUCCAUGAUGCAAUUUUGGCCAAGGUGUGCCCAUCUACCCUACACCUGGCAUCAAAUAUGGGUGAGGUAAAGACAAAGGGAGCUUUGCUAAGUCCUGCCCAAAGCCCUGAGCACAUUGUCAUACCAGUUCUAGCACUCAGUUGAACAGCAGGGCUUGCCCUGUGCUUUACUCUUAGAGAAGGUCCUGUCUUAGCUGGAUCAUUUUCUCUCUUUUUUCUCCCUUCCCAGUUGGCAUCAUCAGACUUGGUACGUAAGGCUAAAGGUAAAGGUAAAGGGACGCCUGACCAUUAGGUCCAGUUGUGGCCGACUCUGGGGUUGCAGCGCUCAUCUCGCUUUAUUGGCUGAGGGAGCCGGCGUACAGCUUCCGGGUCAUGUGGCCAGCAUGACUAAGUCGCUUCUGGUGAACCAGAACAGCGCACGGAAACGCCAUUUACCUUCCCGCUGGAGCGGUACCUAUUUAUCUACUUGCACUUUGCCGUGCUUUCGAACUGCUAGGUUGGCAGGAGCAGGGACUGAGCAAUGGGAGCUCACCCCGUCACGGGGAUUCAAGCCACCGACCUUCUGAUCGGCAAGUCCUAGGCUCUGUGGUUUAACCCACAGCGCCACCACGUAGGUAAGGCUAGAAGUACCCAAAUUUCCAGAGCUAUAGUGGGCUGGUUUGCAGAAGUGGGGAUGCCAUCCUCCAGGCUGUUGAAAAGGAACACCCUUCCUCUUAUAAACGUAAUGAGUGCCUGUUCUCUUGGUACUGAUUCUCUGCCAGAGCUCCAGGAAGGAGAAAUUGGGGGCUUUGCAGUGCAACUGGCCAGGCCUGGAGAGUGGGCUUUCAAGUUUUUGCUUUGAAAAGAAUUGAAUCUGCUUUCUCUCCCCAUUGUUUUUCUUCUUCUUUCUCUUCUUGAAGUUUGUCCGUUUGCAACAAAUGCAUUUUACUGAGCCAAUAGCUCUCCGUGAUCCUUUCGAUUGAAGUUGAGCCCUGGCUGAAGGGGAAAGGAGGAAUAUUUGUGUUAGUGCCCCCCUCGCUUGAGCUGCGCUUUCUCUCUGCCACCCCUGGCCUCUCCUCUCUGCCUUCUUUCUCCUUCAUGUCUUUCUCUGAGAAAUUCGAGAAUACUCCACCUCUGCUGGAAAACCUGGCCCCCAAAUCAGAUGGCAAUGUGGCAGAUCUGAGCUGAAGGGAAAUGGGACUUUCUUCCCAUGGAAAGCCAAACAGGGGCACUGGCUCUUUGAUAUUCAUGACAUGCUGUGAUCGGAUUUGUAAUAGCCCUGAGCAGCAGAACCUUAAAUGCCCCUUGCCGCAUUGCUCUAUCUGUGACAACCACCAUUUCCCCCUCUACAUGAUUGUUAUUGGCAAAUUCCGAGUUGUUUGAGGUUUGUCACCUUUGAUAUUUUUCAGAGUGAGGACUUACUGUAUCCCUCAUCCUUCAACACAAGCCCCAUUUUUUACUUUGGCUCCCUAUUUCUCUUGUCUCUAAUGUGUUCAGAUGUAAAGGAGGGCAGCAGAGGAGCGCCUGCCUUUCUUAGUAAAAAGGUACAGGGACCCCUGACCAUUAGGUCCAGUCGUGGCCAACUCUGGGGUUGCGGCGCUCAUCUUGCUUUAUUGGCUGAGGGAGCCGGCGUACAGCUUCCAGAUCAUGUGGCCAGCAUGACUAAGCCACUUCUGGCGAACCAGAGCAGCGCACGGAAAUGCUGUUUACCUUCCCACUGGAGCGGUACCUAUUAAUCUACUUGCACUUUUUUUUAAAAUUAUAUUUUUAUUGGUUUACAAAUACAAAAAAAGAAAACAAAGUUGUACAUUCGAACUUCUUAAUUACCUCUUAAUUCCAUUUUUUUGACUUCCCUCAAUUUGUCUGAACUUCCUUCAUUUUAUAACUUUUAACACAAUCCUACUUAUUGUUAUUUAUUCUGGUAGCUUCAAUUUCAUUGUUUAUACUUAUUAUUAGAUUUUCACAUCACAGAGCUUCCUUAAAACUUACAAACGUAAUCUGGUUAUCACUUAGUUUUUGCAGAUAUUGAAUAAACUUCUCCCAAUCUUCUGUAAAUCUUUGAUCUCGUCGAUUCCGAAUCCUUCCUGUCAUUCUGUCCAAUUCCGCAUAGUCCAUCAUUUUGGCUCUCCAAUCUUCUAUCGUAGGCAGCUCCUCUUGUUUCCAUUUCUGGGCCAUCAAUAUUCUUGCUGCAGUCACUGCGUAUAAAAAUAACUUCUUCUCUUUCUUGUUUAUCUCAUUCCCUGUAAUACCUAGUAAAAACGCUUCUGGUUUCUUAGUAAAUGUAUAUUUCAGCAUUUUCUUCAAUUCAUUAUAAAUCAUUUCCCAGAAGCAUUUUACCUUCUUACACUCCCACCACAUAUGAAAGAAAGUGCCUUCCUUUUCUUUACAUUUCCAACAUUUGCUACUUAUCUAAUACAUUUUUGCUAACUUUACGGGGGUUAUAUACCAUCGAUACAUCAUCUUCAUAACAUUUUCUUUUAUAGCAGUACAUGCAGUGAAUCUUAAACCAUCUUUCCAAAGUCUUUCCCAUUCCUCCAUUUGUAUAUUAUGUCCUAUAUCUUUGGCCCAAUCAAUCAUCACAGAUUUUACCUCCUCAUCCUUCGUAUACCAUUCCAGCAAUAUCUUAUACAUUUUUGCUAAGAUCUUACAGUCAUUAUUUAAUAUGUCAGUCUGAAAUUUGGAUUCUUUAUCAGCAAAGCCCCUUUCAUUUAAAUCUUUUCUGAACAUCUCAUUAAUUUGAAAAAAUGCAGCCAGUCAUUCACAUGAUUCUUGACUUCUUCAAAUGGUCUCAUUUUCCAUUUUCCUUCACUUUUACAUAUUAAUUUCUCAUAUGUUACCCAACCCCCUGUCAUAUUGACUUUCUUCACGCUCAUCGCUUCCAUCGGUGAUAACCGAUAAAGUGUUCUUUGUUCCAACAGAUUUUUGUAUCUUUCCCAUACUUCAAUCAAGGACCUUCUUAUAAUAUGAUUUUCAAAACCUUUGUGGACCCGUUUCUUAUCGUACCACAAGUACGCGUGCCACCCAAAUCUAUUAUCAAAACCUUCUAAGUCUAACACAUCCGUAUCUUGUAAUUUUAUCCAUUCCUUUAACCAACAGAGGCAAGAUGCUUCAUAAUAUAAUUUCAGGUCUGGCAGGGCGAAGCCUCCUCUUUCUUUUGCAUCUGUUAAAAUCUUAAAUUUUAUCCUCGGCUUCUUACCCUGCCAGAUAUACCUUGAAAUUUCUCUUUGCCAGUUUUUAAAAAUUGCUGCCCCCUUGAUUACUGGAACUGUUUGGAAUAGAAAUAACAUCUUUGGUAGCACGUUCAUUUUUAUCGUUGUAAUUCUUCCCCAAAAGGAAGAUGUGCUUUCGAACUGCUAGGUUGGCAGGAGUUGGGACCGAGCAACGGGAGCUCACCCUGUUGCGGGGAUUCGAACUGCCGACCUUCUGAUCGGCAAGUCCUAGGCUCUGUGGUUUAACCCACAACACCACCCGCGUCCCUGCUGCCUUUCUUAGUACUACCCAAAUAGAGGAUUUUGGAAUAGGAAACUUUGGGCAAUUUGCUGCUGGGGCCACAAUGGCCUCUUCUGCAAAAAGUGCUAAGGUAACCUCCCCUGAAGUUGGUGCCUUCCAGAUUUUUUGAAUUAAGCCCCCAUCAGUUCCUGUCAGGGAUGAUGGGAGUUGUAGUCCAGAAUAUCUGGAGGGCACCAGGUGGAUGUGGGCAGCUAUUAAAAGUACAGGAGCUCCACCCUCCUUUGUAUCAGAUCUCUCACUGUCUUUCUGUUCCUGGUUUUAAAAAAGAAAGGGGGGAAAUGAACAGGUAAAAAUGGUAGUGAUUAAUGAUGUCACUUUUACCACUGAUCUUUGCUUUGGAAGGAAAGUAUUUUGCUUUCACCAAGGUCCCAGUGUGGAUGGGGGGUUCAUAUCUGCUGUUCUGUUCUUUUUAAAACAAAAAAACUCUAAUCCAGGCAUAGGCAAACUCUGGCCCUCCAGAUGUUUGGGACUACAAUUCCCAUCAUCCCUGACCACUGGUCCUGUUAGCUAGGAAUGGUGGGAAUUGUAGUCUCAAACAUCUGGAGGGCCAGAGUUUCCCUAUGCCUGCCUUAACCAUUCACACUAUUGAAUUGUAUGAAAUGGUAUCCUGUCUAGUUUAGCCCAGAGUAAUUGAGACAUUUGAAUAGCAUUGACAGCUUACAUGUCUCCCAAAGCUCUGAUUUCAGAGUUGUUUUGCACAACCCAAAUUGGUGAAUAGGAUCCACACAUAAUUCACCACUGGAGGAAGAGGCUAUGUAACUGUUUGGGGUCUGUGCCCACCGCUUCUCAGCUCUGUGCUGGUGGGGAAGAUAUAGAUUGAGCUGGUUGCUGUCCUCAUCCAUUGUGAUCUUGGCCACUGAGAGGAGGUGACUGCCCAAACAAGAUGGAGAAAAGCAGAACUGGAAUUCUGAAGCUUGAUUUGGUAAAGUCAGCAUCCCUGACUGGAUCAAAGACGCCAGUUCAGAGUCCUGUACCUAGAGUUCAGGACCAUGGACAGCAAUCUUGAAGCUAGGACAGAAGGAACUGGCUUGGAGUGACUAGAAGAGAUGUUGGUGGUCAUUUGGUCCAGGAAUAGCAAGAGAGGAUCCCUGACAGAUGGCCAACCAGUGAAGGGAGGGUAUGCAUUGCUCCUCAAUACCAACUAUUCCAACUUUUACUGUUAGAAGUUUUUCCUAUAGUUUAACCAAAAUCUACUUAACUGCAAUUUCCACCUGUUGGUUCUAAUCCUGCUCUCUGGAGCAACAGGUAACAAGUCUGCUUCAUGUUCUACACAACAGCCCUCCAGACAGAUGUAGACAGCUUUUUUUGUCUCCCUUUAAUCUUUUCCACUCUGGGCAAAACACACCCAGUUCUUUCCACCACUCCUCAUAGGACUUGCAUUUCCAGACCCCUCAGUAUCCUGGCCACACACACACACACACACAGAGAGAGAGAAUGGUUUCCAGUUUGUCAUUGUCCUUAAAAUGUGUUUCCUAAGUGGUCUUCUAGUCUGGCAUGGUUUCAGCAAAGUUGCUAUCUUGUGUGCCUUCAAGGCAGACUCAGACUUCUAGAGGUUUUCUAGACUGCAGGGUUGUUGCUGUUGUUUUUGAAGAGUGGUAAUUCAGGCCUGACUCCACUUUAAACCCUUUUGCUCUCAAUUCUUCAUACACAAACAAUUGGAAGUGAACACAUGCCAAAGUGUUUUAAAAGCAACCCCUUUGUGUAAACACAGCCGAAGCUGAGCUGUGCUGAACACCUCCUUAAAUUGGACCUGUAUUCCAGUCACUCGUGGGUUUUGAUUCAUUUCUGUUUACCUGGUGAUAAGGAGCCAGCUGCUCAGUUGUACUUUAUUCUAGCAUCUUUUUUGCAUGCUUUGUAGAGAAAGGAAGAAGAACAGUGGUAGGGAAGGACAAAGCCAAGGCUAGGUGUGGAGAUGAUUGGGGAAGGCAGGGGUAACAUUCCUGAUCCUCAUUGGCAGGGAAAUCCUUUAUCCUGGAUUUGCUGUGCAAAUCCUAGGUCAUGGCAUAACUCCUGAGGAAGAAACUUGUGGUUCUCUAGAUGCUGUUAGGUUCCAACUCUCAUCAGCUCCAACCAGCAUGACAAGUGGCCAAGGGUGAUGCAGGCUGUAGAUCAGCAAUAUCUGGAGAGCUGCAGGUUCCCCACCCCUGGAAUAUCUGACCUGUGCUGUUCCAUGCAUAGUUUUGCAUUUCCACUCUCAUUGCAUUGCUCACUGCCAACCCGGAAUGCCUCGUACCCUUAAGGGGGACACUAGAGUAGAUGAAACCAUAGUGAUCUCUUUGUGCCUGUAGCCGAGUAGUUCCAUGGAGGUGAUAGAAGAACAAUAGACAGGCAGAUAGACAACUAGCUCCAUUUGGGGUGGUGUUAAUGAGAAAUCAGCUCAGGACACAGCACUGAGCAAGUGGUGUUUGUACUUUUUUGCUAUGCCAUUUCCCCAGUUUAAGUGCUUCUCUCACCUGAAAUUGCUAUUUUUGGGGGGUGGGCGCGGUACAGUGAUAGUACAGAUAUCUAAAAUUGCAUCUAGCUCAUUCCUUAAUAGGGUCAAGAGUUGCAAUCUGCAUGGAUGCAAGGUUGCUCCAAAGUCCAUCCAUGCAGUUGAGAUAUUUCAUAAUAUUCUAAAUAAAUUUCUUAUGAAUUUAAGUAACAAGGCACUUGGGACAAUUUUGCAGUCAUGUUGCUAGACCUUGAUGUAUCUAGUUAUAUGCUUACUUGUAUUUGUCUUUCAUUGUCAUUUCAGUUGUCUUUCAUCCUUGCUUAUUAUCUAUUAUCAUCAUCAAUGGGUUUUGUUUUUCUAAUUAUGUUGUGGCAACACUGUUUUGCCAUUACACUUAUUAGCUUCUAGUACAUUUACAGAGGAGGGUGUGUGUGUUGAAUUUUCUUGUAUGCACUUCCAGUUUCCUUUUGAGGUUUAUCCUUCUCUUUUUCUCUUGCUUUGGGGAUCAUAUAGCUAAGCAACUUUGUGAACCAUACGAAGAGGCAAAAAUUGUGGUUCAGUAGCCGUGAGAGAGGGAGACAGAGUAGAGUAUCAGUACUUUCCGCUCUUCAGUCCUGAAAGACCCUUUCCACUGAAUUUGUGUCUGUUUUUUUAAAAACAUGCAUUUCCCUCCUUCAUUGAACUCUCCUCUGUAGUCACGAAGGAUAAAAACUUGCCGAGAUAGUCAAAUGGAAGCUUUGUUUCUCAGGUCCACAAAUACUAUUUACAAAUUCCCUUUUCUAUCCUUCAGGAAUCUGGUUUCAAGCAGAGAGGUGUCCUCCUCUUCCUCCCCCAUCAUUCGUUAUUGCAGCAUAAUCGAGGCAGCACAGAUUUCGAAGCAAGUCGGUGUUCUCAGAAUUAA